AUGCUCGAUCAUUCUCGAUCUUCCAGUGCUGUCGAAGUAGAAGCCUUGGAUGGUCUAAUCCGAUCGUGCACCACGCUCGCGCAGGUGAAGAGCAUCCAUGCUCGGAUCGAUCCAGAGCUCCUGCGCGCCAGGACCUACCUCUCCAACGUUCUCAUCCUUGUCUACGGCAAGUUUAAGAGUUCCAGCACCGCAAGAGCGGUCUUCGAUGGCAUCCUCGACCACAAGAGAAAUUCCUACUCGUGGUCUCUUCUCCUCUCCGCCUACACUCACAGCGGCGAAAUUCGUGAAGCAAAGGCUCUGUUCGAUCGAAUGCCCGCGUGGGACUUGGUUGUUUGGAACUCUCUCUUGGGAGCGUAUGCUCACUCGGGGUAUGUCCUCCAAGCAAAGCUCCUGUUUGACGAGAUCCCAGAGUGGAACGUGAUCUCGUGGACAGCCCUCUUGACGAGCUACAUCAACAGCAAUGACUUCGAUUCGGCUACCCGAGUGUUUUCCAGCAUGGAAGAAAGGAACCUUGUGACUUGGAACGCUCUUCUAUCCGGAUAUGCCCAAACCGGGCAUAUUUUGCAAACCAAACGAGUCUUUGAUUGCAUGGCGGAGUGGAGCUUGGUCUCAUGGACCGCAAUCUUAUCGGCAUUUUCACAAAGUGGAGACAUCGAAUCGGCAAAAAAUGUCUUCACAUCGAUGCCGGAGCUGGAUUCAGUCUCCUGGAACGUGAUGCUAGCAGCAUUUGCCCGAGAUGGGCAAUUGGAUCAAGCAAAGAGGCUGUUUGAUCUAGUGCCGCAACCAAACUUGGUGUCCUGGAACUCAAUGCUGGCUGCUUACACCCUGUCCGGGAAGAUCGACGACGCAAAGCUCUUUUUCGAUGGGAUGCCUGAACGAGACAUCAUCUCCUGGAACACGAUGCUGGAUUCGUAUGCCCAAAAGGGGCAUUGCCGGCUCGAGGAGGCCACGAGCCUGUAUGAUCAAAUGCCCGAGCGCAACACCGGGAGCUGGACGUCGCUGCUCACGGCCUACGCUCAAACCGGCCACGUCCAAGAGAUGGAAACUCUCUUCUCUCGGAUCCCAGGCAAGGACGUAGUGUCGUGGACCGUGACGCUCGCGGCCUACGCUCAAAACAAGCUCGCGGGGAAGGCGAGAGCUGUCUUCCACGCCAUGCCCGUCAGGAACUCGGUCUCGUGGAACGCCAUGGUCUCGGCCUACACGAGCAAGGGGCUCGUCCGCCACGCCGAGAAGCUGCUGGAAGGAAUGCCCGAGAGGGAUGGAGUGGCGGUGAAUUCCCUGCUCGGGGCCUACGCCGUCAAGGGCGAAUUUGAGGCGUGCUUGGAGCUGCUGCGGGAGAUGGAUGCUGGAGGCGGGCGCAAGCCCGACGAGGCCGCUUUCGUGUGCGUUCUCGCGGCAUGUAGUCGCGUUGGAGCUCUCGCCGCUGGCUGGAGAUGCUUCUACUCGAUGGUGGCGGACUAUGGAGUGGAGCCGAGCAAGCUAGCGUUUAGCUGCAUGGUGGAUUUGCUGGCGCGAGCCGGGCACACGAGAGAGGCCAAGGAGCUUGUCGCGGAGAUGCCAUUCCCGCCGGACGCCAUCGACUGGAGGUGCUUGCUUGCUGCGAGCAGCACUCAAAAGGAUCACACCAUCGCUGCCAAAGCUGCAAAGUCGGCACUUAGGCUAUCUCCAGUGAGCACCUCGUCCUACUUGAUCCUAGCGAACACUUGUCAGGGGAGCAAGGAGCGCUCAAGAUUGUAUUUAAUGUGA